CGUUUCUUCUAAGACGGGAGAAGCCGAGUUUUGUAUUUGUUGAAAAGGAGGGACGAAGAAGAAGAAGAAGAAGAAGAAGAAGAAGAAGAAGCAGAAGAAAGAAGAAGAAGCAGAAGAAGAAGAAGUUCUCUCCAGUUCUUCGUGGCGCUCUUUCUCUACCCAUCUGCGCCUAUUUCCAAUCUUUUUCCCUUUUCUUUCUCUCAUUUUCUUCGGCUCUGUUGUUCCCCAAUCAGGGGCGUAGUCCAGUAUUCUGAAUUCUAGUCUCAAAUGCCGAGGAUCUGUCAUUUGUGAACAACCUCGCCGUCGAACAAUUUUUGCUGCCUUUUUCUUACGAGCUACAGCUCAAAAUUUCGCCGCCUUCUGGAAUUGAUCUGUCUCAGAUUUUGAAAAGGAGAGGCGACUGUUCUUUAUUAUUUUUGUUUGUUCAAUUUGUUUUUCACGGAUACAUUCGGGAAUUCGGAGUGGAUUUGAUUUCCCUUUCGCUGCCUAAUUUGGCUGAUCGAUUUCGUUUCAUUUGUAAUCAUUGGAAGGAGGUCGUGAAGUUUACAGAGAUGCAUUUUUCGAACAGAUUUUAACGUUUUUCUGAGGAAAUCCGAACUGUUUUAGGGAUUGGUGACUGCGUAUUUAUUGCCGAUGGAAAUACGAUUGUUCUUUGAUAGUGGAAGAAGAAAACUUUGAGAGAUGGAGCGUCGUCGUUGGAAUUUGGUUUCUGAUUCGCAUUUUUGCCUAGUCUGAAGACUAAAAGAAGCAAGCUUCGUCCAGAUUUUUUUCUGUGUGGAGAAAUUUCUUUGUACCACAGUUGUUUGUACUGUGGCUUCUUUCGUUUUCCCCCCAUUUGGUGGUGGUGGUGGUUGGGGUCGGGAGGGUUCUUUUUGAAAUCCGACUUCUGUUUGAUUCUUCGUUAUCUUCAUCUCAUGGGACCAAUAGGCCUCAUAUGCUCUCCCCUUUUGAUUUUGCGCACUGGUUUUUGUUUACUUCAGUUCAAGUUUUCAGCUCGAUUGCAGUUAUUUAAAAGCCUGAUGGAGAGGGAUCCCCUGAGAAAUAAUAGUAGUAAUAGCAACGGCACGGCCAACAACAAAGUCGACACAUCGGGGAGAAGCGGAGGCGGCGUCGGCGGUGGCGGAGGAGGGGAGGGGUCGUUGCUGUUGAGAUCGAAUUGCGAUGGUACGCGGCAGACGACGCCAUCAGACUUCGUGUUGCAGUGGGGAAACCGGAAGCGGCUGAGGUGCAUGAAGGUCCAGGGUAGAGACAAGACCGACCCCGCCGCCCCGGCUCACCGGACCACCGCCCGGGUCGACCGCCGAGUCGUUAGACCGGAUAAAGACUCCCCGAACCGGACCAGUAUCACCCAUUCUCCUGCCACUGCCAAUCAUAAUAAUCACACCACCAAUGGGUACUUGAAUCUCCGUCAAAGACCCUCCUCCCCGCAGCUCCCCCCACCCCAUCAGCGCAUUCUCAGGAACUCGGAGGCGUCGGGGGCGAUGAGAGGACACGGCAACGGAGGCGUCCGGGGAAUUGCCUCGCCGGACAGAGGGGCGCACGAUAGAAGAGGAAACCACCACCACCACAAUGACAAUAACAACAAAUCCGCUGCCACAUCGGACACGGCGCACGAUAGCAAAAAGGGCGGAUCUUCCUCCGGUGGCAGUGGAGAGGCCGCUCUGCCCCCAGUUUGGCCGCCAAAAUUCGCGAUUGCUUUGACCAACAAAGAGAAAGAAGAGGAUUUCUUGGCCAUCAAGGGCUCCAAGUUGCCCCAAAGACCCAAGAAACGAGCCAAGAUCAUCCAACGCACCGUCAACUUGGUGAGUCCCGGGGCGUGGCUAUCGGAUCUGACUCUCGAGCGGUACGAAGUUAGGGAGAAGAAGAUUUCUAAAAAGAGACCGAGGGGGUUGAAGGCAAUGGGUAACAUGGAAUCGGAUUCGGAGUGAAUUUGGUAUCCUUUGGGGGAUGCCAUAAAUGUACAAACUCUAUGGUUACCCUUUUUUUUUUAAUGGUUAGAAGAAUGAAGGGGCAGAAAGAGAAAAAAGUAGGCAAUUUUUUC